AUGAAUCAUACCAAUAAUCAAAAUAUUCCAAAUCAAAACCUCCAGAACACUAUACCUUCUACAGCAGCUGUAAACAUGUUAAUUGAUUUAACAAAAGAAAAAACUGCUGCUGUUAACGCUUAUUGUCCUAUACUGGCUUCAAAAAAGCUCCGACGACCUGGAAUCAGGAGUGAUUCUCCAUCGUUUUCUGCUGAUACUAGACCACAAAAACGUAGUCGAAUAGAAGAAGUUCAAGAAUAUAAUCUAUCAACACCGUCUAUAUCAGCUCAAUCAAUUCCAAAUAAUUUUAAUCAAACCACUUUGCCUAGUACUCGAGAAAUUUUUAAGAAUUCCCCUCCAAUGGCUCCGGCACAGGUUUCAUCAACUUUCUUUACUAAUAAUACUAUAAUAAAUCCCGAAUUUACUUCUGCACCCACUUCAAAUGGAAUUCAACCUUCUUAUGUACUAUCAAGUAAUACAAUACUACCACCAGUUUCUGUAAAUUAUUCUUCACAAUAUUUAUCGCAUACACAAGGUUUCCCAAGACCAUACUAUACUGACAUUCCUCCCUAUAAUUUGGGAUAUAUUAUGAAUCCUUCCAUUACUCAAAUACAACAACAUAUUACUUCCAAUCCCUCUCCCAGUAGUUCUAGCAGUACAACUAGCUCUCAAUCCCCAAAUAAUGCUCUGCAAGGUGAAGUUAUCGAUCUGACGACUGAUAGUGAUGACGAUUGUAUUAUCGACGAAAAAGAAACCAACAGAGAUUUGUGCUGGGGAUUGAUCGAAAGUUUGGUAUUAAUAUUAUACCCAAGGCCUUGUACUGGUGGCAAAGGUGAAGAAGUAGUGAAGUUAAAACGUGAAGGGAUUACAGGAAAAAAUCAAGAUAAUGAAUUGUUCGGAGUAGUUGAACAGGAAUUAGCUAAUGUAUUGGCUCCAUUGAUGGACGAUAAACUCAUCUGGACAGAAGCGACGAUCCCAAAAGAUUGGUCUCCUUCAGAUCAGAUGAUACCUCUACAUAUUGUAAUAUAUGGACGCCCCGUUAAUACUGAUACCGUGAGCUCACAUCUUUAUGAUAGGAAGAUUAUUUUGACAGAUCCAGUAGUUUAUAAUGUAGAAACUCGUUAUGUGAAUCCACAUAAUCUACCUCCCGGUAUCACUCAUUUGAAUAAAAAUAAUCCGAAAUCAUUCAAAGAGUAUUCAAGUUGCAGCAGUGGGACCACAGCCACUAGAUCACCGGAAGAUAUGAAAAAUCAAAUUGAUAAGGUUUUUAAUUCAUUAAUGAAUGCUGAAAGCAUUCCUGAGUUAGAUCCGGAUGAUAGAUUAGUUACGACGUUAUAUAAACAUCAAAAGCAAGCCUUGUAUUUUCUAAUGAAGAGAGAACAAUACAAUGAUUUUACCGACGAUCAAAUUAACGAAUUAACGUCAUUAUGGAGAACUCGAAUUAGCGCUGGACGUCAUACAGUCUAUUAUAAUGUAGUAACUAACUCAGAGGUCAAAGUAAGACCCAUUCAGAUGAGAGGAGGGAUUAUCGCCGAUGAUAUGGGUCUUGGUAAAACUAUACAAAUAAUAGCGCUGAUCCUUGGUACUCAAAAUGAAGCUAUAGAAUUUGCAAAAGAAUCUUCCAUAGAAUUACUCUCUUCAAAUUCAGAUUCAUCGAUAUCAUCAUCUUCUUCAACCUCAAAAAAGACUCAUAAUCGUAAGUCACCAUCACCGUCUAAACAAUCAGCAAAUGAAUAUUCAGACAUGGAUUUGAGAUCUAGAGGGACUCUUAUCAUAUGUCCCCUUUCUACUGUUGCAAAUUGGGAAGAACAACUUGCUGGCCAUGUUCAAGAAAACACACUCAACGUUUAUGUAUAUCACGGGGGUGCUCGCAUUUCAGAUCCUUCCCAUUUAAUAAAUUAUGAUGUUGUAAUUACAACCUAUAACGUAUCUGGUACUGAAUAUAGCAAACAAUCAAAAAACACCAUAAAUAGUGCUUUGCAACAGAUUCAUUGGUUCCGUAUAAUUUUAGAUGAAGCCCAUAUAAUCAAAGAUAUUAACACGGUACAAAGUAAGGCUGCUUGCUCUUUGAAGGCGGAAAGACGCUGGUGUUUGACGGGAACGCCAAUUCAAAACAAGUUGGACGAUUUAUUUGCCCUUAUUAAAUUUCUUCACAUGGUUCCCUUUGAUUCUAAGGAAAACUGGAAUCAUUACAUUUCACGCCCAAUUAAAUCAAUCGAUCCUGUUGGUAUUAGUAGAUUACAAACUUUAAUGAAAUGUAUAACUCUUCGUAGAACAAAGAUAGUUAAUGGAAAACCAUUAUUGGCCUUACCACCACGCAAAGAUCAUUAUCGUUACCUUGAACUUAGUGACCACGAGCGUAGAUUAUAUGAAAAGAUAUAUCGUUCCCAAGUUGAAAGGAUUAAAAAGUUCACAGAAGAGAACAACAUUAUGCGGCAUUACGUUAACAUUUUGCAGUCUUUAUUACGAUUGCGUCAGAUUUGUGCUCAUUACUCAUUAGUUAAAGAGUCUGAUAUUCCUGAUGAUUUAGAUGAGGAAAUUGUCAACGAUGGACUAACUCCGACAAGAGCGUUGAUGUUACUAAGCAUAGUUAGAGAUAGCGGAUUGGAUCAAUGUGGUUCUUGCUUACAGGAAUUGGUUCAAACUGUUGUAGUUACUCGAUGUGAACAUUUGUUUUGCAUUGAUUGUGCUAAUAAGAACAUGAGUCAAUUGUUAAGUUCAGCCUCAUUUGAGGACCAAAAGUUUUUGGCGGACUGUCCAAUAUGCGGGUUGAAAUUAUUUUCUGGCGAUGUUUGUGAAGUUUCAGAUUCUAAAGAUAUUGAGAAUGAUCAUAUUACGAUACCUGAGGAGGCUGUGAAGGUUCAUAGUACCAAAGUCAAAGCGUUACUUGAAGAUCUGAUUCAAGCAAAGAAAGAUAGUUUGAAAAGCGUCGUCUUUUCUCAAUGGACCAGUAUGUUAGAUUUAAUACAGGAUGCUUUAAACGAAAAUGAUAUCAGAUUUACUCGAUUAGAUGGCACGAUGCCUCGUGCAGAGCGCACACAAAAUAUGAACAUUUUUAAAAAAAAAGAUGAUGUGAGCGUCAUACUCGUUUCUUUGAAGGCUGGUGGCGUUGGGUUGAACUUAACAGCUGCCCAACGAGUAUAUCUUAUGGACCCUUUUUGGAAUCCGUCAGUUGAGAACCAAGCCAUCGAUAGAAUUCACCGUCUUGGCCAAACUUGUGCCGUAGAUACUAUAAGAUUUAUUAUCAAGAAUUCUGUGGAAGAAGGCAUACUUCAAUUGCAAGAACGUAAGUUGCGACUUGCUGAAUUAACAUUUUCCGAAAAAUUGAGCAAGCAAGAUAUUACCAGACGUAGAUUGGAAGACCUAAAAGUUCUUUUUAAAUGA